AUGAAUCUCGUGAAAGGUCUGCUCCAGUUGUGGGCGUCACCGGCUUCGUUCCCAGAGUUUCUGCCGACGACGUUCGUCUCACGAUGGCCACGAUCUCGUAUUUGUGGGAUCGAGAGGCUACCUUCUGCAGCCAAGCCGACACCAUUCAUGCGCUUCAGCAGUCCUACCGAGAUGCCGUCGCCCGGGGGGAUCGCUUACAAGACGAGCUUGAUUCGCUGUACAGAUCAGCCGCCCCUUUUGUCUCCUUCGUCCAGCGUCGACAUGACUGGAUGCAGGGCCGCUACGUCGAUGCAGUGCAUUCUUUGA